AUGCAAGAGAUACUUGAUAAAUUUCUAGAACUGUUGAAUUAGACAGAUGAAGGAAUAAAGAAUAAAAUUAGAGCAUAAACUGAAGUUAAUAUUGAUUUUUAGGUUCCCAAUUCUAAAUGGGAUGAAGCUUCAGUCAAAUUAUUAAAGUUACUCAUUCAAACUUAUUGUAUUGAUUAAUAGAUCAGUCAUCAUUAAGUCCCUGACAAUGUUUGGAGUUUGAUUUCAUAGUUAUUGAAAAAAUCUGUAAUUGAUUGUAAAUUAUAAUUUGGGAGAAGGAAAAAAAUAAAAGUAUUUUAAUAUUAAUGGUCAAAAAAAGAAGAUGAAGCCUUAAAAGAAAUUUGUAUUUCUUAUUAGACACAGAAUAAAUAAUAUAAAUGGAGUGACAUAGCAAAAGAAUUAGCAUAAAAAUUAAACCAUUAAAAUGUGAAAAUGAUGAAAAUUGUUAGAGAUAGAUGGUUAAAUAAAUUAAAUCCGAACAUUCAAAAAGGUCCUUGGGAGAAGAAUGAAGAAUAUGAAUUAUGUAAGCACCUUUUAAAACAUGGAAAGAAUUGGAUGAGUAUAGCAACGGAGAUGAAAAAUUAAAGAACAGAACAUUCUAUAAAGAAUAGAUAUUUCAAUAUAUUAAAAAAAUUGGAGAAAUAAGAGGUUCCUAUAUUAAGUAAAGCAGAAAUUACUAAAGAACUAGGAAAAUUAUAGUUAAAUAAAAUAGAGAAAUUAGAAUAAUUUGGAUAAUAGGAGAUUAGUUUCAUAUUAUAUUAAUUAAGUAAUUUGGAACCAAAGAUUAUAAAAACUAAGUUAGAAUUUGAGCCAGAAAAUAAUGUUCAGAAAAAAAAUAAUGGUAAUGCUUAAAAUAGUAGUUCUAAAAAAUUAUAAAAAGCAGCUGAAAAAGAUUAGAAAACGCAUGCAAACAAUAUAGUUAAGAAAGUUCUUUAAUAAUAUCAGUAAGAUGAAAAUCUCGAUUAUAAUAAAAUGAAAGAUCAUUAUUAAGAUGUAGUAGCUUAGAAAGGAGAUACUGUAGAAUUGGAUGAAGAACCAAUUAGUGAUUCUGACAACCUUUCAGAAGUCUAAUUUGCUGUUAUGGGUAAAAAUUCAUCAAAUUUGCAUUUAUUUCCCAAAUCCUAACUUAAGGCAGUAAUGGAAGUAAUGAAACAAAAAAAAGAAUAGAAAAAAGAAGUGUAAUAAUCGUUGAAUAAGAUUUAAGCUCUUCCACCUCCACUUCCAAAAUUAGAUUAGAAAUAAACAUAGCCACAACAAUAAUAAUAAUCUUAAUAAUAAUAACAACAAAAUCCAUAACAGAUUUCUUAAUAGAUUCCAUAACCUCCUUCAGCUUAAAUACCUAUUCAAAUGCCUAUUGUUUAACCAAUUAUGCAAUCAGUUGCAAUGCAAACACCAAUAAUACCCAUAUAACAUUAAACAUAAGGUUAAUUACAAUAACAAUAAUAAUAGUAAUAAUAGUAAUAGUAAUAAUAGUAAUAGUAAUAAUAGUAAUAGUAAUAAUAGUAAUAGUAAUAAUAAUAAUAGUAAUAAUAAUAAUAAUAAUAAUAAUAGUAAUAAUAAUAAUAGUAAUAAUAUUAUUAACUUGUGUAUCCUUCAAAUUUUAUGUACCCUUAAGUUUAAAUGGCUCCAGUCGCUUAAAUACCUAUAUUGCCAGGGUAAAUGAUGGGUUAAAUUCCAGGGUAAAUGAUGGGUUAAAUUCCAGGAUAAAUGGUAGGGCAAAUUCCAGGAUAAAUGGUUAGCUAGAUUCCUGGAUAGAUAGUUAGUUAGAUUCCAGGAUAAAUGGUUGGUUAAGUUCCUGGAUAAAUGAUUGGUCAAAUUCCAGGAUAAAUGGGUUAAAUGUUAGGUUAAAUUCCAACUUAAAUGGUUUCUACAAUUCCAGGACAAAUUCCCUAACUAAUUUCUCCUGUUCCCUCUUAAAUGAUGCAAUAAGUAUAGGGCUAAAUCCCAUAAAUGGUAUAACCUGGAUAAAUGGCUACUGUAUAAAAUGGUUAAAUAUAGAUGUCAUAAAUUCCAUCUAUCCCUUAACUUGCUUAAAUUCCUUUGUAAUCACUUCCUUUGACAUCAACUCAACCUGUAGGAAUGCCACAAUAAUUUAUCCCAGUCUUGUAUUAAUUAUUUUAAGACCAUUAGAUAUGCUCCUUAGCCAGUAUAUUAAUAAUCAUAGUUACCAUAAGGAUAAUAAAAUUAAUAAUAAAAGACAAACUAAUAACAAUAACAACAACAAGUUCCACUUAUGAAUUAUCAAAUUCCUAUGAUGCCUCAAUAUAGUGAUCAGUACUUCCAAUUUAUGAAUAUGAAUUAAAAUAAUUAAUAAAAAUAACCCAAGUAUUCAUAAGUCAAAUAAGAGUUGGAAGAACAAUAAUAAAAUCGUAAAUGA